GCCUGUCGCCGCGCAUUCCAGCGCAUCUUUGCACGAGUCAUCCCGAGUCAGCCAUACAUCCAGGAUCCAGCACGAUACAAGAGGAUUUCGGAGCCUUCAAGCGACUCUAGUGUUCUGACAUGUCCUCGUCACAGUUGCACCCCUUACAAGUAAACGUAGAGACAGGGGAGCCAUACCUCCGCCUUCCAGCUCCUCACCAGAAUGUGAUCAUCACCCCGAUCAGGUUCGCCGACGAGGCUGCGAUCGUCCAGUACAUGAACGAUCCACGCGUGUACGAGAACCUCUCCAGCAUUCCUCAGCCUUACACGAGAGAGAAUGCACAGGAAUGGGUGAAGCGCGUCAAAGCCCGAUCGGACGAACUCCUGCAAGAACUGAAACGCUCUGACGAGCACGCAGACCGACGGGCCAAGGCGCUGGACGGCUGCCCAGUAAUGACCAUAAGAGAGGUGCAGGAGGAUGGUCAGGAUAUAUUCAUCGGGGACCUCAGCGUCCUGCGAUCCGCGUUCGUGGAAGUCGCCGACCCCGAGGAAAGGGCACGACUCAGUCGCGAGAACAAGGCAAGAGCAGUGGGCGACCCGGAGAUUGUGUUCACCAUGGGAGACUACCUCAUACCCAGUCACCAUGGUCGAGGGAUCAUGACCGCCGCUGUCCGGACACUCAUGAAUGAGUGGAUGAUCCCGCGGAUGAACUGUCACAAAAUUCUGGUGAAUGCCAAGAAAGGCAACCUUGCCAGUAGACGCGUAUUCGAAAAAGCUGGCUUCCGCUUCAUGGAUACCGUGGAGGACGCCCUGGAGUUGACGGUGCCUGGCAGAGCUGGCAAGUGGUCAUUAGAUGUGCUUGAGUGGAAGUACGAGCGGCUAUAGACAUAGCGAACGAUUCUGUAGUUGCACAAUAAUGAGGAUAUCUCUAGGGAUCGUUCGGGUGCAUUUCCAGGGCUUAGGGUGUAAU